AUGACCGACUUGGAGUCAGACUCAGUCUCUACCAGCCGAACUGGAUGUUUCGGCCAGAUUAAAGACAGAAUCACAAAAGCACUCUCGGCAGCUGGUGAUCGUGCAACCAUCCCUGGAAUUAUUACCAACAACAAGAUCACUCUAAAGAACAUGGUCAUUUCCUUAGCAGUACUGGGGCUCGAAGUUCUGCUUCACUCCGAGGUCUUUGACUGCCCCGUAAAGAAUCAUAAAAUCUAUGCCCUCUCCUGGUUGUGUGCCCCACCAGCUAUCAUUUUCUUUGUCAACCUGCUUAUCAUUGGAGACAUCUGGAAACUUUCCGAUCAUUGUCUGGUACGCGACUAUUCUCAAUUUGGCUACUUCUGUGGCCACACUAUUCCCAGCAUUGUCAAAGCGAUGGCAGGAGCGUCUGUAUGGUUGAUCUUGGCAUUUUGUAGAAAGGAUUAUUACGUGUGUGCCCAGGUAGGACCAGAUAUCCGCGAGAGAAACGAAACUGAUCCAGAUGAGCUCAAAGAAUACGAUAUGACCGUAGAGACGGCUGGGGCCGAAUCUCAAAUUUUCGCCUGGGCAGUUUUCGUGGUCAUGGUUUUCUCCGCUUCUGUAGUGGUCAUUAGCAAGAAUUGUUGUCUUAAGGACCAAGACAUCCUAGACGGUAACGCAAUUUCCAUUUUUAUUCUUAAUUUACAAAAAGUGUUGUACAAUAGCAAUACUAAAAGCCCGCUCUUAGAACCGCGCAAUCUGACUGACGACGAGGCACUUGUAGUACUCGAUUACGCAUCAUUGCUGAAAAUUAUGUAACAGAGCCAUGACUGAAUCUUUCUUGUAAUGUGCUCUUAUGGUGUCGAGGGGAUCUGGCGAAGGAUUACGCUGGAAGCAUGCAUUUUUGCUCAAACUCGUUUGUUUUAAAUAAAAUGGCGUGGCGUUCCGUAGACACGUUUUAGCUAAUCUUAAAAACUUGAGGACAGUCUCUCUCUAAUUUUCGUAAUAUACCAAAGUGUUCUCUGUGGCUUGUCUGUGUUUUUAAUAUAGAGUGUCUACCGUAACUGCAGCAUCUAUUCAAGUCAUCUGAGUUUACGCUUACUCAUGUAUAUCUUUUCUUAGACAUACGCAUAUUUGAGGAACGGGAGGCGAAGUGGGCUAAGAGGACCUUUACUAAGCUCGCUAAGGGUUUGCGUGAUAAAGAAAUAACAAAUGAAAACGAAACUGCCAACCAGGAAAAGGAGGAAGGAAAAGAGGUAAAGAUAACACUCUAUCGCGGUGGAAUUCCAGAAACAUUGGGCGAAAAAAAGGUGAUUGAAAUGUUUAAAGGUUGGGAGGAAAAAAAUCCAAAUUGGCAUUACCGUGAUGCUUACGACCAAUUCGAAAAGCUCUAUCCUAGAGCUGCUAAUGGCAAGCCUAGAAGUAGAUGGAGCACAACACAUCUAUCCCAGCAAUUUGCGAAAAAUGCGCGCCCAGUGAACACUAAUGAAGAAACAAAGCUGCCAUUCGAGCAAACAAGCAGAGGUACCACAACUUUGGAAGACACCAGGCCGCCAGUCGACCAAACAAGUGGAGGUAGCACAAGUUUGGAAAUGCAGAAGAUAACAUCUACACGCAAUGAUGGUAUCACACAGGAACCCGCCGAAACAGCCAGACUUAUCGAAAGCACUUAAUCUAAGCUAAUUCAAAGAGGUUUUAUGUUAUAAAUAAUGAUCUUUUAACAUAGCUUCGUAAACCACCAUACAAACACAUAUAACUAAUUGCAAAGUAACGAAGUCAGUUCAUGUCUCAGAUAUGAUUACCAUUGGUGAAACGUAGGUCUUUUAUAAACAGCAUAAGUCAGCCGGUUUAGAUUAGUCACAGAAAAUAAACUCCCACGCGUUUGCAAACAAACCUAGACAACAAUGAAACUCAAACUAUCUUGAGAAUAUUUGCUCACGAAAAAGAGAAAGAAUGACUUACAAUUUUUUAAAUUUUUAAAUUUUUAAUUUUUUCAAAUGUUUUAAGCUAGAGGACCUAAGCCCAUUGGUUAUUGUUUUCACUGGAAGUACGAUAUUAAACAGUUUUCGUAUUUUUGAGGUUUUCCUAAUGGGAGAGUUAAAAGGCACUCCUUUAACACACUUACCUUGUACGGGUUUUAAGACUCAAGGUAAGGCAAGGAACAAUGAUACAGACGACAAAAAAAAAGAAAGAAAAGACGAUCGUUUCAAGGGCAGUGUUAAUUGCGUUAGCCUCAGGUAGAUUUUAUGUUAAUCCAUAAACAUGCAAAAGUCAUAGAACGACCCAGAACCAUUCUAAUACAAACAUGUACUGGUUCAUUAUAUAUAGGUGUUGACUUUCUGUUCAACAAACGAAGUUGAAGAAUUGGGAACUUUUCUUUCAUUAAAAUCACAAUCAAUUAACAGUUGCCACACUUUUUUCAAACCGAGAAUCAGAACAGAAAAUAUAGCGAACGUGCGAAACCUCAGCUCUUGUGACAAAACAAGUGACCUGACCUUGGCCUUCCCACAGGAUGAAACGUUUCAGUUGUCAUUUGUAUGCUACGCAUGUACGGACCAACAUUAAUCGAGCUCAUCGAGUCGUAACCUUAGAAUUAAAAAAAUUGUUCUCCUACAGAAGAAAGUCAUAGCUGUGAAGCUUUACAACCGGUACUGAAAGUGAUCAGUACACACACGUGACUGCUUUCACGACGGAAAGAGCUCAAAGAACGAUUUUAAUGUGCGUUGCUAAGAUUCGAUUUAUAUCUCUGACCGACGACAUUUUCGAUCGUUGAGCGAAAGCCUGAUUUAAAUUUCAUGGUUAACUAACAUAAAUCAAAACAUUUCAUCCAGCUUUCGAAACCUGAAAACUUACGUGACUUUUGGUGGAUUAUUUUGAACGAUAUUACACGACAUUCAGGCAAACAUAAAUAUCAUUUCAUUGAUUGCAGAUGAUACUUGCGAUGCUCAGAAUUUUAAUCGGGCGAAGGACAGGGACCCUUUAGUGUCUUAGAAUACAGAUCAAAUUCUUUCCGCAGAGAAUAUUUUCUGGGCGAAAUUCACAUCAUCCAUCCUCACUAUCAUUCUGAGCUUUAUGACAAAUAGUUCAUGAUUGGUUACAUGAAAAUAAUUUGAAAAUGUGCCUGUAGCUAUGAGACUCCGCUCGAGUCACGUUUGAAUAAUGAUACAAAUUUCAGCCGAGCAAGUCUUUUGUAGAACCUAGUUUUAUUGAUUGAAUGUAAAUGAUCUUUACAAAAUAAAAGAAGCUUCGGUUUUGAUCGGGCAGUUUCCACCGCAUGGAAGCGAUUAAUAAUAUUUCCGUUUGUACUAAUCAUGCCUCAAGCAUAAAAAACCACUGCUUUAACUUAAUAACGCUUUCAUUCCACUCAAGUUAUAUCUUACAAAUUUGUUACUGAGUUUCAGGUGAGUAAGUUCCUUUGUUUCUGAAGCACUCACAGGCUUCGUAUGAGGUCAUCUUUGAAACUAAACUUAUUAUCAAAUGCUUUCCAUGAUUUUAGUGUGGAAAGAAUUAUCUCUAACCCGUUUGUAGCUUUCGUUCGAGCGGAAUGCCUCUACUCAAAGCCAGAGGUGCUUCGAAAAUCUCAGUCAAAUUUUAGCGAGAAAACUCGUAUACAAGGAAACUUGAGAAAAUAAAAGUACCCUGGAUAUGAUAAUUGUGACGAAAUAAGUACUUUCUCAACAGCGCUAAACGAUAUGUCUUCACUUAUUUGACACCGGAAGGAUGGGUUCAAAUCUACCGCUGUUUGUUUGGGAUUCUUUUGGGAUUAAUUUAAAGUUGGUCUCUUUUAAAAGGAUAACGAUACUACGAUUUUUCCGUUUUUAAUUUUUCAUUAUUUCGUCUCUUUUGUUUCUUUUGGCGUUUUUCAUGGGAGAGGAGACAAGCAUAAGUCAAGCGUACCGCUCGACCCCGUUCGUCUUGCGCUCGCCUCCGCUCGCCUCGCGUUCGCCUUUGCUCGCUGCGCGUUCGUUAUCGCUCACAUCCGCUCGCCUCGCAUUCGCCUCCACUCGCCCCUAGAUCGCCUUCGUUCGCCUCACACUCACCUCCGCUCGCCAAACAAAAGCAAAGCAACAAAUAUAAAAAUAAAUAACGCCGUAGGAAGCACUUACUUCGAUUUCCAUCAUAAUUGCAGUUUCCAUCGUCAAUCUAAAAUGUCCGCUGCGGGGGCAGAGCCUGGUAAUGAGCCACACGUGAUCGAACCAGCCCCGGAUUCUGGGGGUCAAGAUUCUGGGACCCAAGAUUCAGGUACCCAAGGUUCUGGAGCUCAGGGUUCCCGCCGUGCAUCUAAAUAUUUCAAAGUUAUUAAAGACAAGUUAGGACCUGAUGAAGAAACAACCAUUCCAGGCAUAAUCACUAAAAACAAGACCACUUUGACCAACCUGGUAAUUUCACUUGUACUGCUUGGGCUUCAAUUUCUACUGCAUGCCAAUAUACCUUGGCUUCUGUUUUGUUUUUGUUUUUGUUUUUGUUUUUAUUUGUUGUUGUUGUUGUGGAUAUCUUUUUAUUGUAACUGUCAGCGGUUGAUAUACAAUCUACCGAGGCUAUUGGUAUCUUUCUAAGUAAUCUAAACGUGCUUUUAUGGUUUUUAUUUUCUAGAAAUACGCAUCUUUGAAGAACGAGAGGCGAAAUGGGCCAAGAAAAUUUUUACUGAAUUCUCUCAAGGUUUGCGCCCUGAAAAAGAUCCCAAGGAAAAGAGCACGAAAGACGACAAAACCAAAAGAAACGACGACGACCAAUAGGUCAGUGAUGCUGAUGACAAGAGCGAAGGGAUAAUCAGGAAGAAACUGUUGACCAGGAAAAAGACAAAGAGAAAGAGGUGAAGCUUACAUUCUAAGACAACGGAAUUCCGGAGAAAUGUGCCCAAAAAAUUGUCGCUGAGAUGUUCAAAGACUGGGUGGAACAAAAACCAAACUGGCAUUACCGUGAUGCUUACGACAAUUUCGUUAAGAUCUAUCCCAGGGCUGCCACUGGCAAUCCUGGAAAAAGGUGGAGCACGACACAUUUAUCCGCGCGAUUUGCGAAAGGAAGCAAUGAAAAUUCCAGGUUGUCUUUCCAUGGGAUCCACCGUUCAGAUUACAGAAGCACAAGGUUUGAAAUGGAGAAUUUGACAGACCAAAGUGGCAAAGCUAACAUCUCAAAGGAAGAGCACAAGGAAACCACAAGUUUAAUCGUAACUAGUUAAUUUGGGCUGAGAUUUUCUUUUUUUAGAAUGCGGGAACUGAAGAACGACCUCUCCUUGAAACAUAUUGUGGUCAAGUUAACGGAAUCUGGGAACCAUAGUGUAACAUGGUGGGGGCACUCAUAAGCACAAAGCCUUUGCGAGUUAGAUCGCUUUCGACUGCGUAUCACUGAGGAAGGAGUAUUUCAUGGAAACCGAAUAAACUUCAUCUCCACCAUUAAAGAGUAUAUAUGAAGCAAUGACACUGCACUUAUUUUAUGCUUGAAAUUUCACCUUCGCGGUUGUCCAUCGGAAUUCAAUUCGCUGGUUUCACUAAAGUCCUAGCAAACUAUACAUCAGAAGAAAGCUUAAUAACUGCAGUUUACGAUAAAUAUAUAAUUUAAGCGACUUUUCCUUUAUGGAAGUGUCGGGAGCCGGUAAGGCGUGAAAAGACCGAAGGUUCUUCUAUUGAAUUUAUUGGGUAUCGGAUGCCGCAGCACGAGCAAAAUGGCUGCACAAUCUUAUUCACAAGGCAUCAAUCAACGAAUGUGUGUCAAGCUUUCUCGAUAUUCUGAUUGGUUGUCUAGAUAUCGGCAUCUAAAGUUGGAGUAGCUGAAAAAUAUGUGAGGCGUGUUGCGUAAAUGUACGCCACGGGACAAAUAUUUCAAAUAUCAAAAUUUCGCGACACACUUUCGUUUGUCAUUAUUCCUGGAAUGUUUUGGCGAAAUUCGACGAAAAUCAGUCAAAUAUAAAUACCCUAUGAAUUCGUUCAAAGUGGUUGUAAUCCUUCCAAAAUCGAAUGCGAGAUUUUAGCUCAUAGAGGUUCGCAAACAACUCCCGCCAAGCCAGGAGAUUGUCUCGCCUCCUGAAACCGCAAAUCAAUGGGGCAACGCGUUAAUGUCGAUGGUCAAGAUUUCCCGGGGAAAGUAACCCAUUGUAGACACUUUUCUUUUUUAUCUCGAUCGUUCACAGGCGGCACAAACUCCAGCUGUGAGAUGAUCAUCUCGUGCAAUAACAGUCAUGGCGGAAUUAUAAGAUUUUGUAUGGGGAUAUUUACGACUGCUCUAAGGAAUAAAAAAACAAAUGUCCAACGUCAAACGAAAAAUACCUCACCUUACUUCCACAGCGUAUUGCUUGUUAUUUGACCGCAUACUUUGAUGAAAAGAACCCAUUUUAGGGAGUUGUCCAUUUCGAGGUUUUCUACAUACACAAAAAAAGCCCAAGGCUGAACUCUCCAUUUCCGAACACCCGUUCCGAGAAGCGAAAAAUCCCAGCGCAAAAUGACCGGGCGGCCACAAAUCCAACGCAGAAUCCAAGCACAUAUACUGUAGUUUCAUUUCAAUUCACUACAAACUCAAUCUUCCCCGUGCAACCGACGCUAAGCCGCAGUUUACUUAAAAAAAACUUCCAGUUUAGAGGUUUUAGAGGUUUCUAACAGCCCGCUUACACAUCAACAUCAACCUUUAACCUUGACACACGACCGUUGAAAAUCAGCUUGGUAACCAUACCUCCUUUUUAAACUAAGCUUUACCGGGGACCACACCGUCACUUAUUAUCAAUAAAUUGAUUUAGAACCACGGGUCCCCUCAGGUCGAAUCGACGAAGAGGCUAUUGUUUCAAUCGGCCGAUCGAAUUCGCCUCCGGAAGUGUUUACAAAUUCAAAAUAAUUUUCAAGUAUAUGUGCUUGGAUUCUGCAUUGGAUUUGCGGCCGCCCGGUCAUUUUGCGCUGGGAUUUUUCGCUUCUCGGAUCGGGCGUUCGGAAAUGGAGAGUUCAGCCUUGGGCUUUGGGCUUGAGCCUGUUUUUUCAUUUUCUUUUGACCAAAGACUUUCUUCCACUUUUGAUUUUUCCACGAGAAAAGAGCGUCCACGUGUGAAUUUUGAAAAGUGCGCGAUGUAAACAAAAUAUGGAAAUAACAUGUAUAGAAACGAGCCCCAAGAUGAGCGGUUGCCGCGAGAUUCUCCCAGGUCCGAGAUUAUGACACUUCCCUGAUUUAUUAACUUUUAUUUGAAAAUACGUUUUCCUAAAUAACUCGGAUGCUUUGAAAGAUUUCAGGAAAAAUUUUUUAUGGAAACGUUAGGAUGAGUGUUUCAAUUCGUUUUAGUCAAAAACAGAAAAAUCGAUUUUUUUUUUCGGCCUCUGAAGGUGAGAAGUGACCUUAACCUUUUUGAAAUUAUCCUGCGAUGAGAUCUAAAUUCGAACUCGCAGCGAGCACUUUGAACAAUAACUCCUUAAGAAGGUUUAUACAAUAUUUGUACUAUAUUGCAAUCACUUAAAAAGAUAGAAUGAAAACACAAAGAAAUUAAAUUCUGUUUGUAAAAUUCAUAAUUUCUUUAGCAAUUGGGUUUCUGAGGAAACGAACUAAAAGCAAAAUAUGUGAACGCUUAAUCAACUAAAAUGUUUACUCUACCAUUUUCUUUGAGCUGAAAUGUUUUAUUUUAAGUUGACUCUGAAGUUAUCAUAUAACGAAUGAUGAUCAUUGCUGUACGCUGAGGCAUUAGACGGGUUCUGAAUAAAACUCACUGCAAACUGACACCUGCUUUUAUUCAAUUUAUUCUCAUCAUUUUAAGUUUUUUUCUAAUUCCUUAAUUGUGCAAAAGAAAAUUGGUAUAUGUGUGCUAAUCACCAAAGAUGCAUGUUAAGUUUAUUUUCGCUGUUGUACGGAAAAAUCAAUUCUUGCACUUUUCGAUUGUAACAAUUACGAAUUGUCCCUUUGGAAAAUUUUUUUUCACACUUGGUAAAUCGCCGAGUUCUAACAAUAGUAGUUGAUAAUAAAUGCACCAAUAGCGGUUAGGAUAUGGCGCCAUCCUAUUGGCUGAAAAGCAAAUGAUCUUGGCUUUCAGUAAUUGUUCAGAUAAUCAGCACAGCCGUCUUCAGUUAAACAGCGACACCACGACACAAGUCAAAGAGAAGUCUGAGUGCUUUUACAUCAGUCAAGAUCCUGAUAAGUACGUUUUGUCUAUCUGCUGUAACACCCUUAUUCUCUUGGGUCAGUGCUCAAUUUAGGCCCAGUUCAGACGCCGUACUUCAGCCGAGCCGAAUCAAAUUCAACGAAUAGUCCAUUUUACAGUUGCGUGCUCGAUUGCCGAGCCCUUGAACAGGAGUGAGGCUAAGUUUGACCUUGUUAUAAUACAAACGUUGCUGCUUUUUAUACGUAAAUGACUUUGUUAUCAUGCUAACGAGAUACUGGUCUCUAUCACAACAUGGUCACCUUCAGCCUCACUCCAAAUCAAAGGCUUGGCAAGUAAGUACACAACUGUAAAAUGGCCUACUAAGUUCAUGUGAGGUACGGCGUCUGAAUCAAUUCGGAACGGCUGAUUUCAUCUAGAUCGGCUCAGUCAAUUAAUCCCGCCUGGCUCAGCCGGGAAGAACGGCUGUAGGCCGGCUUUGAUUCAGACACCGUACUUCAACUGAGCCAAACCAAAUGCAUAAAUUAUUUUAAUGUAUUUUUCAUGCUGGUUUUACUCAAGAGCAUGCGCAAAGUAAUGUUUUGCAGGAGAAUAAUGGCGGCUUGGUGGGCAAACUAAACAAUGGUAACAUCUGAUGUUCGCGUUUCGGUUGUAUUGACGCGUCGCUACCACUCGGUGAUGCAUGACCAGAAGGAGACUGAGUGCACAUACGGUUAUCAUUUGUCUUCUUCUGGCGGCAAAAUAGGCUAAGACGGUUUGCAUUCUUUUUCUUCUUCUUCUUCUUUUUGCACUGUUUUCUAGCAUUUUGAGCAGAAGAAGGGCUCUUGCUCGCAGAUUGCUGCCGAAAUCCAUGGCGUCUGCCAUGUUUACAACAGUAUGCUAAACCAAUGGUUGAAUAUUAAUUUUCUUCGAUUAAUUAAUUUCGGCCGUAUAAAGUUGGGCGUUCGAAUUUCCAUUCGUCGCGGCUGAAGUACGGCGUCUAAACCGGGCCUUAGGCCGUUUAUUUUGAUUUAUGAUUUUACAAAAACGUAAAAGUUGUACAUACUCUUCAAACAAAACAGCUAUUCAACUUUCCUUCAAGUAGAGUUAAAUCUUCUUUGAAAAAAAAAGCGCUCUUUUUAUUACAUUGCAAGGAAAGAAGAGCUGAAUACAGUCGAACCUGUAUAAAGCGGCGCCGUUUUAAGCGGUCACCCUGUAUUGAGUCCUGAAAUUGUUUCCCUUUAACCACUAAUUUUCACCUCUAUUAAGCGGUCGCAGUUACCCUUAACUGGCUGCCAACGGCCUGUUUGUAUUGUCUUCCAUCUGCAUCGAACGCUCACUUGGAUCAGAACCACUCAAAUAAAACAAAGAAUUUUUUCAUAAUACCCCUAUUCUGUGCAACCUGUAUUAAGCGAUCCUGUAGUAGUAAAAGUAACUUAAAGUCAUGAGAGUCUUCAGAAACCGCAAAGAGGAAAACAGAUAAAUACAAAGACUUAAGAAAUAAAACGAAAGGGAUACUGUAGUUGAGUGUUUCAUUUAUUGGUUUUAAGACCUCUCGACUUGAAGUCCACGCGGUUUGGUAAUAUGACACUUUUGGUGCAUUCAAAAGACAUGAAUUAACUCUUGAUGCGUGUUCUUUUCAGUAUCUUUCAGCUAUGUCAGUUGGGGUAGAGGUGCGCAAAGGCAUACAAUUCUUAGGCAAAAAUGUAAAAACCCUGUUGAACCUUGGACUCUCUGGAAGCGUUGUGGCAAUAAACGCAAAAGUCAAAUCGGACCUUUUCGACUGCCCUGUGGAAAAUCAUCAACUGUACGGCUACGUGUACCUUAUUGCACCCUGUAUCAUACUUUAUUUCGUUAAUCUGUUGGUGGUGGCGAAUAAGCUGAAUCCUCAUGGCUUCCUGCAAACUAUAAAAGAAAAGCUGCAAAAGGAAACGAAAUUCACCGUAUUCCGCGAUGUGAUCUUACCCAGCGUUUCAAGGGCGUUAGCAGCACCUCUGGCAUGGCUGAUAGUGUCAUUUGCCCAAGGGGACUACUAUAUCUGCGCUACAAUCGGGCCUGGUCCUGAGAAGCGAUACAAUUUGAAUGAAGAUGAAAAACAAGAAUUGACCCUCAGGAUCGCCGAAAGCAAAAGCACAUCACAGAUCGUCGCGUGGUUUCUGCUCGGCGUGGCGGUUUUGUGGAUCUUCAAAGUAAAAGUUCUGAAGACCGAGUAUGAAGGUGAAUUGACUCAAAUGAAGAGUUUCCUUCUUUUGUUUUAACUUCUUAUCAUGAUUACGUAACUAAUUUAAAUCACCUCUUAAAACCUCUCAAAAAAUUGUUUCUGUUCAGCCUCUGUUUUCCCAAUCAUCAGCACUGAAGACCUCAUAGUCACAGAAAUAAUCAAUAGUGACAAGUUACAAUAAAAUAAUGAUGAUAAUAAUAAUAACAACAACAACAACAACAACAACAACAAUAAUAAUAAUAAUAAUAAUAAAGAUUAUGAAGAUGAACAAUGAAAAUUCAAUUUUAGACCUCAAUUUCCAUUUAAAAUCACAGAACAGAAUCAACUAUUUACACAGAAUGAAACGGCGAAAAAAAGCGAAAAGAUGGUGUCUGCGCGGCUGUGACAGUUGGAAUUCUUUAGGGAGCUUUAUGAAUUAGGUUUCGACAAGUCUUAUUUCUACAAUCGUCCAAAGCUACGUGCGACAGCAAGGGCCAGUUAUUUAGACAGUUUAGCCGUUUUUUUUUUUUAAACAGAACCGCCCUAUAAACUAUCUUGAAUUUAGCUGAAUUUUUAAUUUAGUGAAAACAACUUUCUUAUUUGGAGAAUACGAUACGCCCACAGCUUGCGUGAAACCGCGGUUUGGGUUGGACCUCGAGUAAAUAACCGGCCCUAAGUGUUCUCAUCCUCUCAUUUUCUCUCCUUUGCCAGAUGAGGACGUGGACACCAAAGAGGACGCAGAAGAUCAAGAACCAUUAUUAAGAGAUGGUGAAUAAUUUCAAGGUGGCGUUAAUUUUUAC